AUGAAGCGUGCCUUGCGUAUUAAGAACAAGCUGGGUUUCAUCGAUGGCAGCAUUCGUGAGCCAAUUGAUCCUGACAGUUCCUUGAUGGAUCAUUGGCUUCGUUGCAAUGACAUUGUUAUUACUUGGCUGCAAAACUCCAUGUCGGUUGACAUCAAAUGCAACACCCUGUAUGCAAAAACGGCACACCAGCUGUGGGUUGAACUCGAGCAUCAUCUUGCACAGCAAAAUGCCCCAAGGAUUUACGAAAUCAAACAAGGAAUUGCUGCCCUGAUGCAGCAACAAGAUUCUGAAGAGAAGCGUAGAGAGAUAUCUUCUGAUCCUUCUCUCACAGAACCUCUUGCUCUCCUGGUCAAGGAUAACACCAGACAGCUCACACCUCAAAACAGCUCUCAAAGACGUGACAAAUACUAUUGUUCUCAUUGCAAAAUUCAUGGUCACUCUCUGGAGAGGUGUUUCAAGGCUAAUUCUAGCAAACCAGUGUGCAAUCACUGCCAUAUUCCUGGACAUACUACAGAAAAAUGUUACAAACUUCAUGGCUAUCCUCCAGGGCACAGACUUCAUGGUAGAACUCCACCUAUUGGCACGUAUGCCCAUCAGGUUUCAUCAUCUCCUCUACCUGUUCCAGAACAAGGAACUCAUGGAGGUCAAAGCACUAUAACUCAAGAGCAAUAUCAGGAACUAAUGGCCAUACUCAGGCAGACCAGUCAAGCCUCGGUGCAUUCUGUUCAAACUGCCAUAGCUUCUCCUCCUGAUGCACACAUUCCUCAGUUCUCUGGUAUACCUCUCUAUCUCUUAGCUUACACAAGCAAACCCAAAGACAUUUUAGUUGUUCCCUGGAUAAUUGGCACAGGUGCAACAGAUCAUAUGGUUUGUGCAACCUGUUUCUUCACUUCCAUAACAGCUGAAGUCUCCUACUCUGUAACCUUGCCUAAUGGAGAAGCUGUCGCUGUGACCCACAUUGGCACAGUGAGACCAACAAAAGACCUUAUUCUUCACAAUGUCCUGUGUGUUCCAUCCUUUUCUUUCAAUCUCAUCUCUGCCAGAAAAUUGGCUCACACCUUGAAGUGUUGUCUUAUUUUCUUAUCUAAAAAAUGUUUUAUUCAGGACCUUUUGACUUGGCGCACGACUGGAAUGGGUGAGGUGAAGAAUGGGUUAUACCAUUUGCUGCAGAAUGAAGUUCCUCCAGCAUCCAAGCCCUGUCCAAAGCCACCAACAUAUCACCACAAACAGCUGCCUUACACAUUGCUGCAAACCCAGUUUUCCAUGAACGCACAAAACACAUUGAGCUAG